UGAAAUGGCCCUAGGCUGUCGACAUCAACGGUUGUAUUUGAAUCAUUCACUGUGCAAAACAGGAAUGUUAACGUUUGGCCGUGGACAGGUGUAUAAAACAGGAUGAAAAGCGUAUUGCCAGACCCCCGAGGCCGGGAUAAAACAUCAUCGUUCUUGAGGUGUUGCAGAUCCUCGACUUUCGCUCUUUUUUCACUUCUAUUUGGUACUACAUCAAUAUUUCUGUAUCUGUUUUGGAUACAUUCUCGCUCCAGCUACGGCUAUUUUGAAUAUCUAAUACCUAUGGAAACAACCAUACGAGUCCACUACUUUAACCGUCCGAUAUGGCUUCCGAUGGACAUAUUCGCAGGAUGUGAUCGCAAAUGCUACCUGACAGACGGGGAAGGAAAUUCAUACGCUGGAAGUGACGUUGUUGUAUUUCAUGCCCCGUAUGUCAAGGUAAAACACCCCCCAAAGAAGAUGGGACAAAUCUGGGUGUUUCAUGCACUGGAACCUCCAGGGGCUCACUGGAAUAAAUUAGACAAAUGGAAAAAUGUAUUUAAUUGGACAAUGAGUUACAGAAGGGAUGCCGAUAUAACGAAUACAUAUGGUGUAUUUAGGAAACGAACUGAUAAUCAAAACAUACUGGAAAAAGAAAGAAAAGAUACAUAUGCAAAUUGGCAAAAGAAGUCCAAAGGUAUCGCUUGGAUGGUAUCUAAUUGUGAAACAAGUGGAAAACGAGAUACAUUCGUAAAGAAAUUGAAAAAAGUGACGUCGGUGGAUAUUUACGGGAAAUGUGGUGUGAAAAAUUGUUCAAGGAAAAAUACUGUGGAGUGUUUAAAACCGUAUAAAUUUUAUUUGUCUUUUGAAAGUGAAUUAUGUAAAGAUUACAUUACUGAAAAGAGUUUCAAAAUGUAUGCUUCUUCAGAAAUGGCGUUACCCAUUGUACGGAGUGACGCGAAUCUGUCCAUGUUUCUUCCUCCUGGUUCUUAUAUAGAUACCUCAAAAUUCAAACAUAUAUCGGAUCUAGGAAAAUACGUCAAAGCUUUCUCCAAAAACAAAACAAGAAUAAAAAAGUAUAUGAAAUGGCGAGCACAUUAUAAGAUAAACCAUGGAACGAUUCAUUCUGCUCCAUUCUGUGAACUCUGUCGACGACUUCAUCAAAAAGAUGUACAUAAAUACGAACGAUUAUAUCGUGAUAUAGGGGAAUGGCUUCUAGGGGGCAAAUCAAAACGAAAGUCCUGUAGACUUGCAAACGACUUACACUAAACAAUGACAAAAUAUUAUUUUCUAAUCUUCUUGUUGUUAUGAGUUGAAAAUUAUUAAAUCAAAUUUUGUUUUCAUAAGCUGAAAAUUCUAAUAUCAAUACUUCCCGAAGUGUAAAAGUAAAGCAUGUUUACAGAUUUGUUUUGAUUUUUUUGGUGUGUUUUACGUCAUUAGGACGUGCCAGGUAUUGGUGGUGGAGGAAAGCCGGAGUACCCGGAGAAAACCACCGACCUGCGUAUAAAAGUUUUGAACAUGACAGUUAUCAAAAGUGUCUUUCUGCUAUCAGCCGUCGUAAAAUUAUUGAUGAAAUGAAUGGACUUUUUGGCUUUGGUGAAUUGUUUUUUCGCUACUUGUUUGUAUUUUUAAAAAACAAUACACCAGGCAACACAUAAUAUAUAGUUUACACAACAAAUAACAAACAAAGCAAGAUAAAUUCACAGAAUUUAUUUACAAGUCUGUAGAUAAGAGUUGCCGAUAAGCUAUUGACCCCAUAGUGUUGGAGAGCAGAGUGCUGAAAGGCUGUAAACAACAAUCCGUAGUAAACAAGACUUGAACGACUGUGACUUACCUAAAGCUAAUUGAAAACCAUAGCCUGGUUGCUUAAAUUUGCAAUACUUGGAAGUCACAUUGCUUAGGCUUUGAGUUUAAUUUACUGGCUUACCCUAGGGUAUGUUGAGUUGAUGUAUACAUCCUAGCUAAACCUAGAUUCUAUAGAGUUGUAUUGGCCGAUUUGGGGUGUACAGCAGCAGACUGGCAACAUUAAUAAUCCUUAUUCCAUAUUAUUAUCUGGAAGCAGUUUACUGCCAUAGGUCACUAGUCAUGUGGCCAAACUAGGUCCUCAUACUCUUCUUCCUUUAUCAGUAAGGAGCCAAUAACAAAUAUGGCAUAUGUGAAUAAGGUAAAGAAGGGAGAGCCUCUGUUAAUUUACUAAGUAAGGAGAAUAGGGUAACAGGGUCCGAAUGUCAGGCUGACAGAGCUGAGAGAUCCCUGAAUUAUUAAUUGGUUGGAUGCAUGUUCUCCCUUUUACCCAUGACCAGCAAUCAGGUGAGAGGUCUUUAGAUAUCACUGUCUAGUCUCCCAGGUGGCUAUGUGCACUAAUGUUCAUGUUGAUAUUAAUCAAGGGACCAUAGUCUGCUUUAAUGAGUGAUUAUACUGAGAUGAAGUCAGUCCAAAGCUGCCCCAUAUUUCAUAUUAACCUUUAAUUUCAAGUAGCUCACAUAAAUCACUUGGAAGGAAAUGUCAGGAGAAAGACGAUUAAGUACAACUUACUAAUGAGAUUAUGGGGGCUCAAAGACUCUUGUACAUCUAUGACCAAGUAUUAAACAAAGCGUAGCUGAAUCGAGUCAUUUCGGUACAAA